AUGAUAGAAAGGCACAGGCUGCUAGAGAUCACAGAAGGCUCAGAGUUUCUCAGGCUGCAGGUGGAAGGAGGUGGAUGCUCUGGAUUCCAGUACAAGUUUUCCUUGGACACAGUUAUCAAUCCUGAUGACAGGGUGUUUGAACAAGGUGGUGCCCGUGUGGUCGUGGAUGUGGACAGCCUGGCCUUCGUGAAAGGUUCCAUGGUGGACUUCAGCCAGGAGCUGAUUCGUAGCUCCUUCCAGGUGGUGAGCAACCCCCAGGCAGAGAAGGGUUGCUCAUGUGGGACUUCCUUCUCUGUCAAAUUCUGACUGGACUUCCCAUGGAUGGACACUGUCUGCAGACACUUCCUGUCAGUCUUCAGAAGGUUUUUGCUUGUUCUUUUCCCAGCUGCUCCCUCUCAUCUCCCUUACCCUGUAACACAGCCGUUACACAUGACUCCAGCUGUGUGUGUGUGUCUGCACUGAGCCUAUCUCCAAGAUUUGUUGGCCUUCCCUUCAGAGACAUGAAGUAGCUGUGAGCACACACAUGGGAGCAUCUUCAGCGCCUCGUGAACCACCAGCCAGGUGGUGCUGACUCACCUACCCUGUCCUGAAUGUGGAACCACUUAACUGCUUGUCUCUGCAAGAGAUGGCUGUAUAUAUAUGUGUGUGUGUGUUUAUUGAAAGUUCUUACUAAAACAAAGUCUAUCGAUUGGUAUUGCUCGUGCAUUCCCACAUAGGUAGAAUCUGGGUUCUUUCAGGCUACCGUUGCUUACCCCUUGUCUUCCAGCUGAAUGGGACUCGGAGUCUCUCUCCCGUACACCUCCCAGUGUUGCUGGCUCUCUGCUCCCCAACUCACAGUGGGCUUUUCCAGAUACUUUGCUGUUCUCUUACCCAGCAGGCUUCUCUCAGUCCCAGGAACCUACAGUGGUUUUGCUGUCAGUCCCUGGGAUGAAAGUUUUUCCUUGUUCAGAGUAAGUGAAGCUAAAAAAUUGAGGUAAGAAGAAUUAAUAGCUUAUUUCUUUUUAUUUAAAAAAAGAAAAAGCUUGUAUAUAUAUAAAAAUAAAAUACAUGGUCUUCCAUCCCCCAGUGCUAUUUUAGGCUGUUCCUAAAACUGACUUGGAGUUGUAGGUCAUACAGACUCUCAGAUUUCAUAGUGUGUCUGCUGCCUUCCCUUGCCAGCAGCAAGGGAAGUUCAGGUGACACAGGCAGAGGAGGAUCUGGAGUACUACUUUACGGUCCUCAAGUCCUUUUGACUUAGUUGUCUGAGAAUCUUUUCCAUAACUUGCUUCACCAUUUAAUCUCUGUCUAACUUGUGCCUGAUUUGAUGAAAGAAUGAAAUAGCUCCUUUCCUUUCUGAAACUCCCAUGGAAUGGGAAAAUCUAGAAGUUUCCAGAAUAACAUCCUUUUGAUUA